UCGGGGGAGCUGGUUGCUGUGAAGGUCUUUAACAAUGCCAGCUACCUCCGGCCCCAGGAGGUCCAGAUGAGAGAGUUUGAGAUGCUGAGGAAGCUGAACCAUAAAAACAUUGUCAAGUUAUUUGCCGUGGAAGAGACAGGCAGCAGCAAGCAGAAGGUGCUGGUGAUGGAGUACUGCUCCAGUGGCAGCUUGCUGAACGUGCUGGAAGACCCAGUGAACGCCUUCGGCUUGGCCGAGUCCGAGUUCCUCAUCGUGCUGCAGUGUGUGGUGGCAGGGAUGAACCACCUCCGGGAGAACGGCGUCGUCCACAGGGACAUCAAACCCGGGAACAUCAUGCGGCUGGUGGGGGAGGACGGGCAGAGCAUCUACAAGCUGACGGAUUUUGGGGCCGCCCGAGAGCUGGAUGAUGAUGAGAAGUUUGUGUCAGUCUACGGGACGGAGGAGUAUCUGCACCCGGACGUGUACAAGCGCGCGGUCCUGCGCAAGCCCCAGCACAAGUCCUACGGCGUCACCGUCGACCUCUGGAGCAUCGGUGUCACCUUCUACCACGCUGCCACUGGCAGCCUCCCCUUCGUCCCCUUCGGGGGUCCUCGCAGGAACAAGGAGAUCAUGUACAAAAUCACCACGGAGAAGCCUCCUGGAGCCAUCGCGGGCGUCCAGCGGCAGGAGAACGGGAGCAUCGAGUGGAGCUACGAGCUGCCCAUCACCUGCCAGCUCUCCACGGGGCUGAAGGACCAGCUGAUACCCAUCCUGGCUAACAUCCUGGAGGUGGAUCAGGAGAAGUGCUGGGGAUUCGACCAGUUUUUUGCAGGAACCAAUGACAUCUUGCAGAGGAUCGUGGUCGACGUGUUCUCCCUGCAGCAGGCUUCCUUGCACCGCAUCUACAUCCACUCCUACAACACUACCACCAAGUUUUUAGAUGCUGUCUUCAAGCAAACAAAUAUAGUCCCUCACCAUCAAGAAUAUUUUUUUGAAGGUCAUCUGUAUGAGCUGGAUCCCAAUCUACAAGCUCAUAAUUUCUGCAGAACCACAGAGGACAAUCCUCUGACCUUGCUGAGCACCACUGAGCAGCCAGAAGAUGUGGUAGGAGUGAGAUACAGAGACCCGGCACUGGAGUUCCCAAAGCUGGUCCCCAAGGUGGACGUGGUGGCCGACUGCAGCGCAGCCAAG